GGUAGUGGUGGUGGUGGUGGGGGCAGGUUACUGGGAGAGUAUGUGACCAAAAAAAUACAAUCUUAGAGGAAGUGGAGAAAAUACGUGCUCGUUUUGCCAAUCGAGUUCAAAAAGUGAAUCCCUGAUAUUUGUGUUUUACGCAUUGUUGGAUAAUACGGAAGAUUUCUGAGCGCCCUGGAGAAGCCUAGCCAUGGCCGAAGGUGGUUGUGCAAAGACCGAAGAGGAGGAAGCGAAGACCGAAGAGGAGGACUGCCAGGUCUUCACCGGCUCUGGCGUGUGUAAAUGGUUCAAUGUGAGGAUGGGCUUCGGCUUUCUCUCCAUGACGAACCGAGAAGGAACCCCGCUCGAGGCCCCGAUCGACGUCUUCGUCCACCAGAGUAAGCUGCACAUGGAGGGGUUCCGCAGCCUGAAGGAGGGCGAGGCAGUGGAGUUCACCUUCAAGAAGUCUGCUAAGGGGCUGGAGUCCCUGAGAGUGAUGGGUCCCGCCGGGGCCUUCUGCGUGGGCAGCGAGAGACGCCCCAAGGGCAAGAGCAUCCAGAAGCGCCGCUCCAAAGGAGACAGUGGUUUUAAAGGGAGCAGUGUGCAGGCGUGGAAACAGACGAGUAUCCCAGAGGCAGGGGGACAGACUGGAGGUGUCGGGAAUAGGCGAUUGCAGAGGUGCUAUAACUGCGGCGGGCUGGAUCACCAUGCCAAGGAGUGCAAGCUCCCCCCGCAGCCCAAGAAGUGCCACUUCUGCCAGAGCAUCACCCACAUGGUGGCCAACUGUCCAAUCAAAGCACAACAAUCAUCGCCCAGCUCUCAGGGAAAGCCCGCCUCUGUGAAGGGGGAGGAGGAAGAGCAGAGCCAAGCCCCCCUGCCGCUGGAGAGCUUGGAGUAACGUGAUGACAUCACAGCGGGGCAGGGGGCAGCUCGGAGUAGGAGCGCCAGUUUCUCACGGGACCCGGAAAGGAUCAACUUCAGAGACAAUAACCUAUUGAUCUUUUAGCUGCUUUUGGAACUACCUCAGGUUUGAAAAUAACGGCUGUUUUUAGGUACUGUUUUAAGGUGUAACAGUCAGUAUAAGGUGUUCUUCACAGUUGCUUUAUUUGAUUAUCUUUUAAGAACCAUUCUUAAAGUGAACAAGAGACCCUGUGAAAUUUUUAACAUUGAUGCCUCAUGUGUUACUGCACAUUUUAAACCCUAUUGUGGUUGUUUCUAUUUUAUUUUUUACAAUAUUAUCCUUUUAGUAUACUAAACACGUACAUAUGCAAGCAAGAUGUGUUGACCAAGGCUUAAAAAUCUAUUUUAAAAAUUAUCUAUCUGGCACAUCCUAAGUUGAAUGUAAAAUUCCAGCAGUCCCUAAAAGCAUGGACAAUCUGGGGAAGGUUAAAUUACGCAAACGUUCUUGAACUUUUUUCCUUUGUUGGCUGGAAACAUCCGCUAAAGCGCUGAAGAGGUUCGCGUCCGGUAAAUGUGUGUAUGUUGAACACAGCCCUGGUCACUUUAUGAUAUGAUGUACUGUUGGACACGACUGGCCAUCUGCAUUUUCAGCAGAGUUUCAGGCUGGUUGAGGCAGUAUAGAAAAAAAAUAUCAACUUGACUGUUACACCUUGCUGCAGUACAGUACCACCAAUACAGAUGCAGAGUUCUUGGAUUGAAGCCAUUAUAAAUCAAUCCAUGUAUGAUCUAGAUGGUUGAUUCAGCCAGGCCUUCCUGUGUCUGUAGGUGGUGACUGGUAAUUUGCUGAUAGCCACAUAUGUUCAAUUGAUUGUAUAAGGGCCAAAUGAAUGUUUUGUGUUGUGUUACAUAGCCAUACCCUUCGGUUAAAAAUGUUGGAGAAUCUGAAUGUUUUGAUUGGUUAAAUUGGACUCCGUUUUGGCUUGAUCUGCUUUGCUUUUGCACAGGGAUAGAAGAAGCGGGGUGAAACCAGUUUUGCUAAUUGUCAAGUUUCAGCGAUGCAACGUAGCAGUGCCAGGUUAAAGCUCGCCUUUGCCUUUGUGCGUGAUGUGCUUUGGCUUGCGUGUCUGCUGUUGCAAAGUUACCAAGCAGUACAUGAUGCAUUAAACAGAACAAACCUACAGAAACAUGGAAGUUCGUUUUCUAAAUUCAGCAUUGCUUCAACCCGCAAUGGCACUCGGUGUUCUAAUGUUUUGUAGUUUACAUUUGCGGAUUGCAGGAUGUGAUCUGGAAACUGCUUUUGGCCAUCUUGUGGGCAAAAGGAGUGUGCAGGAAUUGACCUCAAGAUUGCAAAUCACUUUGAGUUGUCUAAUGCAUUGUCCUUGAUGGGCAAUCCCAGUUUGUGGAUGGGUUGGCUUGUCUGGUCUGGGCAGUUUAGCAUGCAGAGCUGCCUGUUUCAGGAGGAGCACAGGGCUUUUCAUCACAUUUAACUUUUAACUUUUAUUUUUUUCAGAACAUUUUGAAAUGCUUUAAAUCAUUAUUUAUUUGUUCCUAUGUUGGCUUUCAUUCUCCCUGCUUGUUCUCUGUCCAGACACAAUGACGAGGCUCAAGUCACGAUCAAUUCAUGAUUCAGGAAACUGGUUUCUAAUCCAAAGUUUCAAAAGCUGCCUCGCUGUCAACGUGCAGUCGUUCCCUUACUUUUUUAUAAUUAUUAAUAUUAUUAUUAUUAUUAUUUCAGCCACACUUUUUAUUUGAUUUCUCCGACCCACAAAAUACAUCUUCCCCCAGUUUGGGAGCAGUCUAUGCCAAGACCAAUGCAAUGUUACUCUGCACUAAUCAUGCGUGUAAGAUGCAUUUUAUCUUUAAUAUAAAUAUUUGUUCUGUAUUUUUGUAUAUUUUAAAGAAAACCUAAGAUCCUUAUAACUGCAAUGUUUUUCUCAGGAAAUAGGAAACUGAAACUCAGGGAAAUCUCAAAAUGGGCUGUGUACUUAGUGAGUUUUGGUGGGAUGGGCGUGGUGAAGCAAUCGCAGACCUACCGAUUACCAGACAGGCCCUUUUAUUAGCACAAAGUGGCGAUUGAUUUAGUUUAGCACAUUCGUCUUUCACUGCAUUGUUGGCAAUGCCUGCCUCUCAGGACAUGCAGAGCAUCAUCCUUCAACUCCAGCUGCCCUGCCCUAUUCACAUCACUAAUCACAAGUAGAAGUCACAUCCCCACUGGAACCUAUUAGCAGCAACUACACUUCUAAUAUCACUGAUCACAGAUCUCACACUCACAAUGUGUGGCAAAGUAUUCAAGGGUGCCUGGCAUGCUUAUUGAGCAGCAGGGUUCAGGGAUAAGCCUGCCUUCGUGCUCUGGGAUCCACGAGCUGUCUGGGGCACUGGUAGCGCUCCUGUUGCUUUUGCUAAACCCACCCAAUUCUUUUUGACACAUUUAUAGUGGAACCUCUGAAAUUGUUAGGUUAGUGUGUUUUUUUGUGAUUUUUUUUUUUGUAUUGAAAAUGAAAAAAAAACCUGCUUGUUUAUCCAAAGAUGUGAAAAAAAUUGCUUUAAAAAAAAAAAAAGUCUGACUGUGCAUUAUUGUUUUUAAGAGUAAGUGCAACACACAUCAGUUUUCAUUACUAUAUUAAACUGCAAAGCUGUGAAUACCCAUAUAUAUGGUUCAAUAACAACUGUAGUUUCCUAUAUUUAAGCCUGCAGUUUGUGAUUAGGUACAUUAUUUUGGAUCCACUAUCCAGAAAUGAAUGAGAGCCAAUAUAUAUAUAUAGAGAGAGAUUGAUAGAUAGACACUCUAUUGUCACAAUGAACAAUCUUGUUUUGUUACAGUUUAAAUGGCUCAUCGACUAUUCUAUGUAGUUUUUUGCCACGAGGGCCAGUAAUCUGUUUGGCAGCUAAAAGGGAGACCCCCCGCCCCCGCCUCAAUCAGGCUGCGUCAAACAUUGUGAAACCCUGUGUAUUGUUGCACUCUCUCCUUUGUAUAGUGUUCCUGUACAGAUACUACUCUAUGUUUUGUAUUGUAUGAUGGUUAUUAUUGUCUGUCAUCUGUAGAGUGGGGCUAAUACAGGUAGUUGUGAGCAGCAGGACACUAUGGGGAACGGUGCGUUGAAAUAGACGUGACAGAUCUGCACAAUAAACACCAUUGAGAUGUGAACUAAAGCACAGCUGUAAGCCUAUUCAUAAAACAAGGUGAUCUUCAAAAACUGCCUGUUUUGCAGCUUUCUUUCCAGAGGUGAAAGGAAUUAGAAAUGGUCUGCAGCACAACAUAGACUCCCCACACAGCUCCAGCAUUGUAUUUGAUCUGUAUACUUCUUAAAAGAGCAUGGUAUUUCCCUGUGUUUAACAAUUUAAACCAAUAAGACUCAAAGUACCUUUUUGAAUUGAUUCAUCUUAAAACUAUAUAAAACAGCUCUGUUUAUGAAUGCCAUGUUUAUUUGCAUUUCCAAUUAAUUGGAUCAAGUGCAACAAUAAAAGUACAUUUAGAGGAUCAUUCUGAAAGUUCACCCCCAACCUGGGCAUUUCCACUCGGUUUUAACGCAUCCCUCCCUGCCUGUCUGUGCCUGCUGUGUGCUAGUUAGUAUUGUAUUGAAGUGGCGGGUUUAUUUUUUAAAGAAAUUCUAAGCAAUCUAUACAGAUCUACCUCAGGAUAUUGUAAUUUGUAAAGGACAGUGGCGCUGAGCUCCACUGGGUAUAUCCGGUGGGUUCCAUUGUGUGAAAUACAACUGGAACGUUGUCCUUUUAUUUUGUAGUUGUGUGUUUGUUUUAGAUAGUAGUAUUUUUUUCACUGAGUUCAUGUAAUAACGUUUUCCAAACAUGCACGGUACAAGUAUUUAUGUGUAAAACCCUGUUCUAACCCAUAUAGGACAUUUUGAGAUCCUUUUUUAUUUUCAAAAAGGAUUUUGCUACACUGCUUACUAUUGCACUGGUACCGGCCCAGUUCUUGUGCCGUGUUUGGAAUUUGGAAGAUGACGGCCAUGUUGGUCCAUGGCCUAACUGACGGCAUGUUAAUCAGUGUCGACAUUCUCCAUGUUGUCAGGUCUGGUGCUCUGACAACCCAGAUUCAAGAAUAGCUGCUCCUCGUCUCUUACCAAACCCUCUGAUUUACUGUACGACAGUCACGACUGUAAAAGAGAACCUGUUCUUAGUUAGCCCUACCCCGUAAAGAAAAGUAUUUGAAUUGAUACAACAGUUAACACAGUGGCACUCUGUGUCCAACACCAUCAGGACUACAUGUGCAUUGUUCUGUACCCGGCUCAGAUACAUUUCUGAUUUAUUUUGCUGUGCGUUUCUAAACGGUGAAACUGGGAGGGCUGGCUGGAGAGGCCUCUGCCUUGUAACAGAACCGCGCUCUUGAGUUCUCUUCUAAUCAGUGUUGUUAACAAACCGAGGGAAAAAGCCAAAGCUUGAAUGAGAAGAGGGUUUUACUCCAGUAGACUAAACGGGUUGUUUGGGAACAGUGCUGCUGGUUUUAGAAAUGCAAUUGGGAAUGAAAAAUAUCUAUGAGAACAAGUAGAAUUGUGAACUACAGUCCACCCGCAUAGAAUGUCAAGAAAUAUAUUUCAGUAUAUUACAUGAGCCAAAUAUCAAAUAUUGCAACAGAUUUUGAUUAUGUAUUGCAGUAUUGUUAUAUUCAGAGUACAUUUUUAAAUUAAAAUUGAAAUCUGAAUGUAUCCCAAUAUAUGAACUAGGGCGGUUUUUACUAUUGCAACAUACUUCUGAGAGAAAUAUUUCAAUAUAUGACCAAUAUUGAACAUAUUUUUAAAAUUGUCUCGUCUGUGUGUGUCGGCUCUUUCACUUUUAAAUGACCUGGAAUUUCCGUGCAGGGAGUUAAAUAAACCAGCAAUGCCCUGCUGUACAAAAUCACUCCUGCUUGUUAUACACCAUGUAACCUAAAAAUGUAACUUUCAUUUUAAACUAUACUCAGGGUUACUUAUUAAGCACAAGUUAGAAACACGUAUGCCUUGCACAGAGGCACACGUGCGUGUGUUUUUCUGUAUGUGUGUGCUGUUUUUUUUUUCAUUAGUAAGUGGUGUGUGUUCUAUUGGCGUACAAUACCUAAUUUAAAAUCAAAAGAUUGUAUAUAAAGUGACUGAAGAGUGUAGCUGUGUUUACUGCUCUAAACCAAAGGUUUGUGUAAAGCUCCCACGUCUGAGGUGUCUUUCCCUUUAGCUUCUUUCUUAAUAACCCAUUGGACAACCUUGAACAAGGUAGGGUUGGUGGUUAUUUUUUAAAUUUCAUUUUAUUUUUAAGCAUGCAUUACAAAGAGAACUGUGACUGAGAUGUUUCCUAGUGUUUAUAAAAUCAAAACAUUUUUUUUUUGAGUUAAUAAAAAGUUUGUCUGGUGUUUACAA